CCUGGGCCCUGCUCGUUUGUUCCAUCCCAAAAUCAAUCCACACAAGUGACACGUCGGAAGAGAAAAAAAUUGUGAAUCGGGAAACUAGGAAAUUGGGAAUCUUGGGUAACACAGGCUAGAAGAAAAGGCAGCCACGAUGACGUCGCAAGUGCCGUGCUACACGAUAAUCAACUCGCCGGACCUGGAGGUGCCCAACGAGAUGCAGCUGAAGCAGGAUCUCGAGAAGGGCGACACGAACGUGAAGAUCGAGACGCUGAAGCGGGUGAUCAAGCUGCUCCUGAACGGGGAGCGCUACCCGGGCCUGAUCAUGACCAUCAUCCGGUUCGUGCUGCCCGUGCAGAACCACACGAUCAAGAAGCUGCUGCUCAUCUUCUGGGAGAUUGUGCCGAAGACGUCGGCGGACGGCAAGCUGCUGCAGGAGAUGAUCCUGGUGUGCGACGCGUACAGGAAGGACCUGCAGCACCCCAACGAGUUCCUGCGCGGCUCCACCCUGCGCUUCCUCUGCAAGCUGAAGGAGCCGGAGCUGCUCGAGCCCCUGAUGCCGGCCAUACGCGCCUGCCUGGAUCACCGGCACUCGUAUGUGCGGCGCAACGCCGUCCUGGCCAUCUUCACCAUCUACAAGAACUUCGACUGGCUGGUGCCCGACGGGCCCGAGCUGAUUGCCAGCUUCCUGGACACCCAGCAGGACAUGAGCUGCAAGCGCAACGCCUUCCUGAUGCUCCUCCACGCCGACCAGGAGCGCGCCCUCAACUAUCUGGCCAGCUGCAUCGACCAGGUGCACACCUUCGGCGACAUCCUGCAGCUGGUCAUCGUGGAGCUGAUCUACAAGGUGUGCCAUGCCAAUCCUGCCGAGCGCUCGCGCUUCAUUCGCUGCAUCUACAACCUGCUGAACUCCAGCUCGAAUGCAGUGAGAUACGAGUCCGCCGGCACUCUGAUCACCCUUUCGCUGGCUCCCACGGCCAUCAAGGCGGCAGCCAGCUGCUACAUCGAGCUGGUGGUCAAGGAGAGCGACAACAAUGUCAAGUUGAUCGUGCUGGAUCGCCUGGUGGCCAUGAAGGAGCACGAGGGCAUGGAGAAGGUGAUGCAGGAUCUGGUGAUGGACGUCCUGCGCGUUCUGGCCGCCCCAGACAUCGAGGUGCGCCGAAAAACUCUCGCCUUGGCCCUGGACUUGGUCUAUUCGCGUAACAUUGGCGAAAUGGUGCUGGUGCUGAAGAAGGAGGUGGCCAAGACGCACAAUGUAGAGCACGAGGACACCGGGAAGUACAGGCAGCUGCUCGUCCGCACCUUGCACACCUGUUCGAUUAAGUUCCCCGACGUGGCAGCCAACGUUAUACCCGUGCUAGUGGAAUUCCUUUCGGAUACCAACGAGCUAGCCGCCGCCGACGUGCUGGUCUUCAUCCGCGAGGCCAUCCAAAAGUUCCCCGCCCUGCGCGCCCUCAUCAUCGAGCAUUUGAUCGAGGCCUUCCCGCAGAUCAAGUCCUCCAAGAUCCACCGCGCCGCAGUCUGGAUUCUGGGAGAGUACGUGGAGGGGCCGCAAAUCCUGGAAGUGAUUGCUGUCAUCCAGCAGACGCUGGGCGAAGUGCCCAUGGUGGAGGCGGAGCAGCGCCGCUUGGCCGGAGACCAGACGGAGGAGCAGAAGCAGCAGCAGGGAUCCACGGGCGGCAGUGCCCCUGGAUCCGCCACAGAGGGAUCCGCAUCCGGAUCCGGGUCCGGAAACGCCAGCAAUAAGGUCACCUCCGAUGGAACCUACGCCACCCAGAGCGCCUACAGUCUGGCCCCGGUGGCCAAGGCCGAGAAACGCCCGCCGCUGCGCCAGUACUUGAUGGACGGCGACUUCUUCAUCGGCGCCGCUCUAUCCGCCACGUUGACCAAGCUGGCACUGCGCUACGCGGAGCUGCAGCCGGAGGCGCGCGCCCAGAAUCGGCUGACCACGCAGGUGAUGCUCAUCAUGAGCUCCAUCCUACACCUGGGCAAGUCCGGUUUCCCCACCAAGCCCAUAACCAACGACGACACCGACCGCAUCUUUGUCUGCCUGCGCACGCUGAGCGAACGCACGCCGGAGGCUGUGGCCGUCUUUACACUGUUCUGCCGCGAGGCUCUGGGCAAGAUGCUGGAUGCCCAGCACGACGAGGACCAGCGCAUGCUGAAGGAGAAGCAGAAGGCCACCGCCAAGGUGCAGCCAGACGAUCCCGUGCUCUUCGCCCAGCUCUCGAACGGACGCGACAACCAGCUGGGCGAGAACGUAUUCGAGUCGAGCCUGAACCAGGCGCUGGCGGGCAGCAAGAACGCCCAGCAGAGCGACGUGGCCUCGCCCAACAGCAAGCUCAACAAGGUCACCCAGCUGACUGGCUUCUCGGAUCCCGUCUACGCCGAGGCCUACGUCAAUGUCAACCAGUACGACAUUGUGCUGGACGUCCUGAUCGUCAACCAGACCAACGACACGCUGCAGAACUGCACACUGGAACUGGCCACGUUGGGCGACCUCAAGCUGGUGGAGCGCCCGCAUCCGGUGGUCCUGGCCCCGCACGACUUCUGCAACAUCAAGGCCAACGUCAAGGUCUCCUCCACAGAGAACGGCAUUAUCUUCGGCAAUAUCGUUUACGACACCGCUCUGAAUACGAACGUGGUGGUGCUCAACACCAUCCACAUCGACAUCAUGGACUACAUCAUUCCGGCCAGCUGCACGGACACUGAGUUCCGCCAAAUGUGGCAGGACUUCGAGUGGGAGAACAAGGUGACCGUCAACACCAGCUUCACCGACCUGCACGAAUAUCUCAAGCAUUUGCUGAAGAGCACCAACAUGAAGUGCCUCACGCCGGAGAAGGCGCUGUCCGGCCAGUGCGGCUUCAUGGCCGCCAACAUGUACGCCAAGUCCAUUUUCGGAGAGAAUGCCUUGGCCAAUCUGAGCAUCGAGAAGCCCGUAGAUGAUCCCGAUUCCAAGGUGACGGGACACAUACGCAUUCGCGCCAAGAGUCAGGGCAUGGCCUUGAGUCUGGGCGACAAGAUCAGCUCCUCGCAGAAGCAGUCGGUGCAGGCGGCCUAGUGGACGUGGAACUGGACGUGGACGACCAGCCACCACCAAGAGCGACGUAUCUGAACGACGUAUUCGGCCUCCCGCCCGCAUUCCGCCAGCUGCAACUUCUUCAAUUUACAUUACACGUUACACUUAUGCAUAAAGAAUAUAUUAUACCUUAACCCCAGAAGGGAGUAUUUUUACUAGAGAGGGCUAUCAGCUUGCCAUAUCGAAAUACAAGUUUCAAUGCCGGAAAAUAAAAACCAAUAUGCCAAAA